AUGAUUGCACAAAUAGCAGUAGCAACAAUAGUUGGAGUGUUGGGAUGGGCUUAUUUGGCAUUACUUAAGCCUCCUCCUCCAAAAGUUUGUGGCUCACCGGGUGGUCCUCUAGUGACCUCGCCAAGGGUCCAACUCAGUGAUGGGAGAUAUUUAGCAUACAAAGAGGAAGGCAUUGCCAAGGAGAAGGCAAAGUACAAGAUCAUUAUUGUUCAUGGCUUUGAUAGUUCUAAAGACUUGAAGUUACCUAUUUCUCAGGACCUCAUACAAGAGCUCCAAAUAUAUCUCCUACAAUAUGAUCGUGCUGGUUAUGGAGAGAGUGAUCCACAUCCAAAGCGCUCAGUAAAGAGUGAAGCAUUUGACAUUGAGGAGCUAGCUGAUAAGUUGCAACUAGGACCCAAGUUCUAUGUGCUUGGCUUGUCCAUGGGAGCCUAUCUUCUAUGGAGUUGCCUAAAGUAUAUACCGCAUAGGCUGGCUGGAGUUGCCCUUGUUGUUCCAUUUGUAAAUUACUGGUGGUCCUGUUAUCCUGCAAAACUAUCGAAACAAGCUUUGGGAAAGAUGCUUGCUCAAGAUCAGCGGGCAUUUCGAAUUGUGCAUUAUGCCCCAUGGCUGGUUCAUUGGUGGAUGAACCAAAAGUGGUUCCGCGCUUUAAGUAUUACGGAAGGGAAUAUGGCCAUAUUUAGUCCUCCAGAUCUAGAAAUAGUGAAACAGUUAUCAGAUGCCCCUAGUCCUGGUCAGGAAAAAGUUCGACAGCAGGGCGAGUUUGAAUGUUUGUAUCGGGACAUGAUAAUAGCUUUUGGAAACUGGGACUUUGCUCCAACGGAGAUUACAAAUCCUUUUCCAAAUAACGAAGGUUCUGUCCAUCUUUGGCAAGGACACGAUGACAGAAUUAUCCCACGUGAACUCAACCGUUAUCUAGCAGAGAAGCUUCCGUGGAUUCAAUAUCACGAGGUUCCUAAUGCUGGACAUUUGUUAAUUUACAAUGCUAAUUUUUGUGAAACCAUCUUGAGGAAACUUUUGACUAGUUGAGUGAAACUGUAUGAUGUAAAUUUAGCAUCGAUCAUGUAUCUGCGAGUAAGACGGUAACUACCAUGAGCAAACGUUUGAUUAGCAACUUAACUGAUAAUUGUGAACUUCAUUAGCUUUUGUAAUAAAUCUGAGGUAAAAGUUUAUCAUU